AUGGGACUGACAAUCUUUAUAAUAGAAAAGCGCCGUCCUGAUAAUAGGACCGUCCCCGAAAACAAUCAAUUUAACGCAAUAAUGACGUUUUGUUGUGCCAUUGAUAUUCAAUCUUUACGACUAAUUAGUUCAGGAUUUGGUGGAUACGAAUCAUUUUCUUACGAAUUUUCAAAUGACUCUGCAAAAGCUAUCGCUUGGGCUUCCGUUAUAAAUAUAUUUAUUGAAGAUAUUCCUCAAUUUACAAUUCUGAUAUUAUAUAAACUACAAAUGGGAGGAUUUACCUUUAUACCAUUUGUAAGUCUGAUAUUAUGUUCAUGUGUUUUGGCGACUUCACUUGAACGCCUAUUCCAUGCUAUAGAUAGAGGUCCUUGUACUGGCGAUUGCUUUAAAGUUCGAAAAAGAAAUACAAAUCAAAAUGAAGAAGAUUUUCAACAUGAAUGGGAAUUAUAA